AUGCUCGUGCUGCCGACGCUCGCCGCCCGGCCUCUCCGGCCACCUCCGCAUCUCGCUCCCCCUCCGCUCGCCUCUUCCUGGAACUGCCGAACGAAGAGGACGCUCUUGCAACCGGGCCCCUUCGCCGCCGGCGCCGACAACCCCCGCGGCCGCGGAGGCCCGCUCCCGGAACCGGAGCAGCACGACCAGCUCCUCCUUGCCGCUCUCCACGCCGCUCGCCUCAGGGACGAGGAGUCACGCCGCCCAGAUCCCCUUUUUAUCGAUCCAUAUGCUGCUGUGCUACUUUCACUUUAUGUGGCACAUCAAGCUUCGGAAUCUCUUGCCUUGCAUUUAACGCCAUCUGCAGACCAUUAUCGACUAACUACUAGAUAUGUUGAUGAUAAAUUGCAAAAUUUGAUAACCAGUUCAGAUAAUUUUAGACAGAUUGUUUUGUUGACAGAUGGAAUGGACACUCGUCCAUAUAGGCUGAGUUGGCCAAAGUUGUCUGUCGUGUACGAUGUAUCGCCUGGAAGAGUCUUCAGUGCAGCAGCCCAGCAACUCAGAGGGGCAGGAGCAAAAAUACCCAGGAAUUGUGUUUUGCUUCAUACUCCUUUAGAGUCUCCUAAUUUACAGGAGGGCCUGUGCAAAAAUGGCUUCAACGGAAAUAGGCCAAGCUUGUGGGUACUGCAGGGUUUACCUCUGUUCACUUCUUCAAGCUUGGAAAACCUUUUGCUCGUUAUAAGCAAUUUAGCAAUGAAGGGGAGUAUCUUCGUAGGAGAGUUGACACAUUUUCUAGAUUGGACAGCCUCAGCAGACAUGGUCUCCGAGAAAGAUAGGCUCGAGAACCUUUUCUUUACCCAGGGUUUCCAGGUCAGCUUUGUUCACUAUGAAAAUGUUGCAAAGGAUCUUGGCUUAGGUCUAGCUCCUCCAAGGAAACAAUGUGGCAGAGUCCUUUUGGUUGCUGAACAGCUGCGAUUUUCAGAUGCCCAGAUGGAGAGUUUCAGGACGCAUUUUGAAAGAACAGAGGAGGAUGCUGAUGAAGAAGGAUUCGAGGAACUUUAGUUCCGUACGUACACAGUGCUUUUAAGAUUUCGGAAUGGUUUUGGAUUGCUGAUGAAAAAGGAUGCGUUUUGUUUUCUUGAGUUAAAAUUAUGUCUGGUUCUAGUAUAUGGCAUAAAGGGUUUUACUUCUAAAACACGCAAACGCCGCUCUCCAAGUGAAUAUAGGUUUCUUUGUCUCGGU